AUGGCGGCUCCGGAGUCCUAUGCCAUCAAGAUUGGCCAGCGAAUCCUCGUGACUGGCGCAAACAGUUUCGUCGGCUCGAACGUUAUCGACGUACUCUUGUCACUCGGCUACACAGUAAGAGGUACAGUACGGUCGGAAAGGCCAUGGCUAAACGAGCUAUUCGACAACAAGUAUGGGGCAGGGAAAUUUGAGACAGUCGUCGUUCCCAGUCUUGAUGACAAGAAACGUCUGCUCGAUGUUUUGGCCGGCAUCAGCGGUGUCAUUCACGUGGCUUCUGACGUGAGCUUUGACUCCGAUGCUGGAAAGUUGGUCCCUUAUGUGGUAAACGCUACGGAAACUGUCAUGCAAGCUGCCUCUGAAAUCGCAUCUGUCAAAAGAGUAGUCUUGACCUCGUCAUCGGUCGCGGCCGUGAUCCCAGAAGCAGGCCAUGGUCGUCUUGAACUGACCCAAGAUACAUGGAAUGACGCCUCAAUCGCAGCGGCAUGGGAUCCCAACACACCUGCCGAAAUCAAAGGCCUUAUGGUCUACGCGGCAUCCAAGACCGCAGGCGAACGUGCUGCCUUCGACUGGGUGAAGAAGCACAAGCCAGGAUAUGUCUUGAACUCUGUCCUGCCAGACUACACAAUUGGAGAAGUCCUCCACCCAAAUAUCGGCUCUAGCGGUGUCUUGACGGCCCUACUGCUCGAAGGAAACGACACCAUAAUCAAGAUCAUACUCAGCCAAUACUUCGUCGACGCCAAAGACCUUGCACGCCUGCACGUCAUCGCCUUGCUAAACCAGACCGUGACAUCAGAGCGUCUCUUUGGUUUGGCAGGCAGGUUCGAAUGGAAGGAUGUAAUUGACAAUCUUCGUGAACUUCGGCCAUCGAGCAAGAAGCUAGUGACAGAUUUUCCGCCCGCGCGCACAGGUAAUGUUGAGAUUGUGCCGACUGAGAGGUCAAAGGAGCUACUUCGUUCCUUCUUCGGCCAGGAGGAGUGGACAAGCUUGAAGGACUCCCUGGACAGUUGCAUUUCUAGUCUAGACAUGUAG